ACGGGGAGGGUCACGAGCAGCAAGUUCUGGCCUGGGCAAGCUGGUCCAGGGAUUCAGACUGAGAACAGCUGUGACGAUGUUACGGUGUGGCUCCCGGCGCCUUGGCUGUCUACGCGCUGCAUUCCGGUCCCUGGCUCAGACCGAUCACCGGAGCGUCACCCUCUGCAUCGAUCCUUCCGUGGGACUAAAUGAAGAACAGAAAGGAUUUCAGAAAGUGGCCUUUGACUUCGCUGCUCGGGAAAUGGCUCCCAAUAUGGCGGAGUGGGAUCAGAAGGAGCUGUUCCCUGUGGAUAUGAUGCGGAAGGCAGCACAACUGGGUUUUGGGGGGGUCUACGUACAAACAGACGUGGGUGGGUCUGGACUGUCUCGCCUCGAUGCUUCUGUCAUCUUUGAAGCAUUGGCCACAGGCUGCACCAGCACCACUGCCUAUAUCAGCAUCCACAACAUGUGUGCCUGGAUGAUUGAUAGCUUUGGAAACGAGGAACAGAGGCACAAAUUCUGCCCACCGCUCUGUACCAUGGAGAAGUUUGCUUCCUACUGCCUCACUGAGCCAGGAAGUGGGAGUGAUGCUGCAUCUAUUCUAACCUCAGCCAAACGACAAGGAGAUCAUUACAUCCUCAAUGGUUCCAAGGCCUUUAUCAGUGGGGGUGGUGAGUCAGACAUCUAUGUGGUCAUGUGCCGGACUGGAGGAUCAGGCCCUAAGGGCAUCUCCUGCAUCGUCGUUGAGAAGGGAACCCCUGGCCUUAGCUUUGGCAAGAAGGAGAAGAAGGUGGGGUGGAACUCACAGCCAACCCGAGCAGUGAUCUUUGAAGACUGUGCUGUCCCUGUGGCCAACAGAAUUGGAAGCGAGGGGCAGGGCUUUCUCAUCGCCAUGAAAGGACUGAACGGCGGAAGGAUCAAUGUUGCAUCCUGCUCUCUUGGGGCGGCUCAUGCGUCAAUUAUCCUUACCCAAGAGCACCUCAAGGUCCGGAAGCAGUUUGGAGCGCCGCUAGCCAGAAACCAGUACCUGCAAUUCCAGUUAGCAGACAUGGCCACCAGGCUGGUUGCCUCUCGGGUGAUGAUUCGCAUGGCAGCAGUGGCUUUGCAGGAGGAACGGGAAGACGCAGUGGUCCUGUGCUCCAUGGCCAAGCUCUUUGCUACAGAGGAAUGCUUUACUAUCUGCAACCGGGCUGUGCAGAUGCAUGGGGGCUACGGCUACCUGAAGGAUUAUGCUGUUCAACAGUAUAUGCGGGACUCCAGGGUCCACCAAAUCCUAGAAGGUAGCAAUGAAGUAAUGAGGAUACUGAUCUCUCGAAGCCUGCUUCAGGACUAGCUCCCAAACUGGAGACUCUAGCGUGGAGUUCAUGCACAGCCACAGUCAGUCAGUGUGAGUGAGUGCUCAUACAGGCUGUUCAAUUGCUAAUGGAUCCUGCCGUACAUUGAAAGGUCCGUGCUCGUCUGUUAGAGGACCUGAACGCUCAGCAGCAAUGCUGGCUCUGAGAUAGGAACAGGGUUCUCAGUAGAGGUGGAAGGGCCCUGAGGAGCCAUACCAGAAGUUCUGCCACCCUGCUUUCCUCGUUCUGGAAAGAAGCAGUCAGCACUGUGGCUUGGAUCCACAUGAUGUACGUUUUAUUAAUUCUUGACCUAGGGUCUGGCUACUUCAAUGAAGUGUUUCCUGAUUACAGAGGCAGUGUGGGAGGCAAGGGCAGCGGACAACCUGUUUCUUUCUGUUCUCUGUUCUGCACCGAUGGUGUCUCAGGACAUCAAUCCUGAACUCGGAUCAUGAUAAAGUGAAUUAUCUGGGAACCUACUGCUAAGCUAUGAGUUGGGGUGUACCUUUGCUCCUGCUACCACAUAACAAAUGUCAAGGGCUAAGGUUAUUUGGAACAUUUGGAUUUUUAUAUGGGCUUUUAUUUCCUCUUUUUGGGCUGCUUAUUUUUUUAAAUACUUUUAUUAACACUUGGUAAAUAAAAUCUACCUCUUUGCUCUGCCCUUCAACUAUAAAUUAAACUAUACUUGAUCCAGUAUAUAUCUGAUUCGUAUUCCAUUGGAUUUGGGGAUAAUUAUAUUAAUUCAGUAUUUAAUUGGAUUUUGGAAUAAUUAGGAAUCUUUCCUAAGGCAGUUUGUCUUUUAAAAAGUACAUCUUUUAAUUAGUAAUUUUGCAAACAGCAUUGUUCGUCAUAUAUGGAAAUCUUAAAUAUUAUUCAAUGAUGAGGACUUUGGGGAAAACCCUGCUACAUUACUUAAUCCAUCUUUUGAUGUUUAGAAAAGAAAAAUGUCCAAUAUAUAGUGUUAACCACAAGUCACUGAUUAUAGAAAAAGAUGUAUGCCUAUAGCUAUAAUAGACAUUUGCUUCUCUGAAGGCUUACUCUGUCUGAACUUGUCUUGUACAUGGGGAGCAAGGUGUGAUUCAAAGUUGAAAAUGAGAUUCUGCUGUCCACAGUUGGACUUAACAGGAGCUGGAUGUAAUGCCUGGGCUGAGUAUCUGUACAGAUGGAAUAGCCUGGGAGGAAGGCAGAAAGAGGUUCACAGAGAAGGUAAAAAUAUAGAUUAAGCUUCUACGAAGAUGGCUAAUGUUUAAAGGGAGGCUACUCUACAGAAGCAGCCAGGAGAGGGCAUAUAAGACUUGUGUGGGCGGUGUUGUGUUUGUGUUCAUCGUGAUUGGGAUUGGCAUGAAACAGAAAAUAUGUUAAGUGCGGAUAGAAAGAUGGAUAAAGAUGGGUAGGGGUUUAUUUACUCAUUUGUGUGUAGGUAUUUGUAUAAUGUUCAUGUGUAUGAUGUUCAUGAUGUAUAUGAUGUUCAUGUGUAUGAUGUUCAUGUAUGAUGUUCACAUACACUUUGUAUGUGUGAAGCAGCAAUUUUUAGGAAUCCAUUUCCUUCCACCAUGGGACUCCAAAACAGAUCAUCAGGCUUGUACAGAAAGCACUUUUACCCACUGAACAAUUUCCCUGGCUCCAAAUUAAUCCAUCCUUAAGAGUAUUCAAAAUUGUCAUAGUGUGAGAGUCUCUUAGCCCAUGCUUGGAAACAGGGAAGUGCAGGAAAGCCGUUGUAGAACAGUCUGAGAAUGUCCACUGUGGAACCUUGUUAUUCUAGAGACCUUGCUAUUAACCAGUCUGUUUGCUGGCGUUGCUGAAGUUCCUGUUCCUCCUCAAAGCAAUGACAAUGCUAUCCAUAUUGAUGCCUUUGAAAUUACGCUCAUUGAAAAGUCCAUUCCAUGGAACUGAAAUGAUGGCACGGCAGUUAAAAAUACUUGCUGCUCUUCCAGGGGACCCAAGUUUGAUUCCCAGUACCCACAUCAGGCAUCUAACAACUGCCUGUAACUACAGCUUCAGUAACUCUGGCCUCUAUAGGCACCUAGACUCAUGUGUACACCCUCACACAGCCACACAUGACAUACACAUAGUUAAAAGUAAUAAAAAAAAUAACAAAAAUACAAACUAAGUGGGAUGGUUCAUUCCUGUAAUCCCAGCACUCAGAAGGCCAAAGCAGGAGGAUUGCUAUGAGUUCCAGGGCAGCCUGGGCUACAUACAGAAAGAGUGACCCUAUUGUGAGCUGGCAAUGUAGCUCACUUAACUAGUGUGUGGGAGCUCCUAGAGUUCUACCUUUAGCACUGAAAUAAAGUUCUUCCUGUCAUCUUCAGAUAUUACCAAGAGAUUCCAUAUUCCUAAUGACCUGGCAAGCAUGGCCAAUGAACUUUUAACUAAUUCCCAUCAUUAUUUUGCAUUAUAAGUAAAAACAAAAAUACCAUAGCAAUAUUCACUGUUCUUUGAGAGACACCUGUGGUAAGUCCAGAUAUAUGGUAAGACAUUUUUGUUUGGGGUGAAGGAAAAUAACACCGCUGAAGGAAUUGAGAUGAUGCUGUGGGCUGAAAUGUGUUCCCCUCAAAAAUAAUUCUGGACAUCUUGGCAUGUAAUUAAUUUGGCAGAUAUAAUUAGUAAAUAUGAGGUGAUAAGAUCUAUUGUAGGAUGGACCUAUGAAACAGUAUAACGACUAAGAGUCAUGUGGAGUCUCAGGCCCAAGGACAUCGCUGAAGGUAGAUGACCAAUCAUUGCCAACUGUCACAGGAAGCCAGAACAGGCGCAUGGAAUAGAUUGUUCCUCACAGCUCUACAAAUAAACAGAAAAUAAACUUGUGACAUUCUGAUCUAGAACUCUUGAGAAAAUGUUUGCUGGCUAAGCAUCCCACCCCCGGCCUGUGAUAUUUUGUUGUGGUCCCUGAACUGAAUCUUGUGCGGCAGUGUGGUGGUGGGCUUCCACAAAGAGCAGAGUGGCGUUGAGGCCAUAGCUCAGGGGUACGGUACCUGCCUAGUAUGCCAUUUGUUCCACAACAUCAAAAAUAAUACAUUCCAGUGUAUCUCCGGAAGCACGAUUAAUAAAAAUUUAAGCAAAGAAAAGCAGCCUACAAACCACAAUCCCAGAGAACUUAGACAACAAAGAGGACCCUAA